AUGCUGUCGGCCUUCCUCCCUCGCCGCCGCCUCUCCACUAUAUCAUCUCCAGCGACCUCUCCAAGAAGCAUCGGUAUCAGCACCAGCAACAGCUGUGGUUUCAGCAGAAGAGGGGCGAGGAAGAAGCGCCGCUGCAUUUCUUGGACGGUGAGCGCGGCUACUCCGGCGGACAUGGCGACCAACAGCGGCAGCGCCCUGACGAAGCUGGCGCCGCUGGAAGCCAUCCUGUUCGACAUCGACGGCACGCUCUGCGACUCCGACCCCAUCCACUUCUGCGCCUUCCGAGACCUCCUGCAGCAGGUAGGCUUCAACGACGGUGUUCCCAUCACCGAGGAGUUCUACAGUGCCACCAUUAGUGGGGGACACAACGACGACCUCGCUAGGGCGCUGUUCCCGGACAUGGAUCACCAGAAGGCGAUGCAGUUCAUGGAUGACAAAGAAGCUUUGUUCAGAAAGUUGGCACCAGGACAGCUGAAGGCCCUGGAUGGACUGCACGAGCUGUGCGGAUGGAUCGAGGGCCGCAACCUGAAGCGCGCGGCAGUGACCAACGCUCCGAGGGCGAACGCCGAGCUGAUGCUGUCGCUGCUGGGGCUCACCGACUUCUUCCCGGUGCUCGUCAUCGGGCCCGAGUGCGACCGGGCCAAGCCGUUCCCUGACCCGUACCUCAAGGCCCUCCAGCUCAUCGACGCAUCGCCUGAACACACCUUCAUAUUUGAAGUAUGGAUAAUGCUGUCUCGCCGUGAUUCUCUGAAGCUUUGUUUUUUCAUCAUCACUAGUCGAAACAGUCAGUAA